GUGUGUGUGUGUGUGUGUGUGUGUGUGUGCCCGCGCGCGUGUGUUGUAGCUCUGUCAAUCCUUGGAUUAGAACCAAUGACUGCAGCUUGUAGGAGGGCUGUCCAGGGCCAGAUUGUACAAUGUGUCUCAGUGCCAGAGUAUGAGUGGAGAUAAUUACGGAGAAGUCAUACUCUCUCACACCCUCGGCUUUCUUGUUGUGUCCUUCAGCAAAACAGUGGAUUUAAAUCUCCUUGCACAAGCUUGAGAGCAACACAAUCUAUCAGGAAAGAAAGAAAAAAACCGAACCUGACAAAAAAGAAGAAAAAGAAGAAGAAAAAAAAAUCAUGAAAACCAUCCAGUCAAAAAUGCACAAUUCUAUCUCUUGGGCAGUCUUCACCGGGCUGGCUGCUCUGUGUCUCUUCCAAGGAGUGCCCGUGCGCAGCGGAGAUGCCACCUUCCCCAAAGCUAUGGACAACGUGACGGUCCGGCAGGGGGAGAGCGCCACCCUCAGGUGCACUAUUGACAACCGGGUCACCCGGGUGGCCUGGCUGAACCGCAGCACCAUCCUCUAUGCCGGGAAUGACAAGUGGUGCCUGGAUCCGCGCGUGGUCCUCCUGAGCAACACCCAAACGCAGUACAGCAUCGAGAUCCAGAACGUGGAUGUGUAUGACGAGGGCCCGUACACCUGCUCGGUGCAGACAGACAACCACCCAAAGACCUCUAGGGUCCACCUCAUUGUGCAAGUGUCUCCCAAAAUUGUAGAGAUUUCUUCAGAUAUCUCCAUUAAUGAAGGAAACAAUAUCAGCCUCACCUGCAUAGCAACGGGUAGACCAGAGCCUACAGUCACUUGGAGACACAUCUCCCCCAAAGCGGUUGGCUUUGUGAGUGAAGACGAAUACUUGGAAAUUCAGGGCAUCACCCGGGAGCAGUCAGGGGACUACGAGUGCAGUGCCUCCAACGACGUGGCCGCGCCCGUGGUACGGAGAGUAAAGGUCACGGUGAACUAUCCACCAUACAUUUCAGAAGCCAAGGGUACAGGUGUCCCCGUGGGACAAAAGGGGACCCUGCAGUGUGAAGCCUCAGCAGUCCCGUCAGCAGAAUUCCAGUGGUACAAGGAUGACAAGAGACUGAUUGAAGGAAAGAAAGGAGUGAAAGUGGAAAACAGACCUUUCCUCUCAAAACUCAUCUUCUUCAAUGUCUCUGAACAUGACUAUGGGAACUACACUUGCGUGGCCUCCAACAAGCUGGGUCACACCAAUGCCAGCAUCAUGCUAUUUGAAGUGAAAACUACAGCCCUGACCCCUUGGAAAGGCCCGGGCGCUGUCAGCGAGGUGAGCAACGGCACGUCGAGGAAGGCAGGCUGCGUCUGGCUGCUGCCUCUUCUGGUCUUGCACCUGCUCCUCAAAUUUUGAUGUGAGUGCCACUUCCCCACCCGGGAAAGGCUGCCGCCACCACCACCACCAACACAACAGCAAUGGCAACACCGACAGCAACCAAUCAGAUACAUGCAAAUGAAAUUAGAAGAAACACAGCCUCAUGGGACAGAAAUUUGAGGGAGGGGAACAAAGAGUACUUUGGGGGAAAAAGUUUCCAGAAAGAAAUUGAAACUUGCCUUGCAGAUAUUUAGGUACAACGGAGUUUUCUUUCUUUUCCCAAACGGGAAGAACGCAGCACACCCGGCUUGGACCCACUGCAAGCUGCAUCGUGUGACCUCUCUGGUGCCAGUGUGGGCAAGGGCUCAGCCGCUCUGCCCACAGAGUGCCCCGACGUGGAACAUUCUGGAGCUGGCCAUCCCAAAUUCAAUCCGUCCAUAGAGACGAACAGAGUGAGACCUUCCGGCCCAAGCGUGGCGCUGUGGGCACUUGGGUAGACUCUGCCACCAUGGUGUGUGUUGUGAAACGUGAAAUAAAAAGACAGAGAAAGAAAGAAAAAGGAAACAAAGUAAGACCAUCUGACAGCAACAACAAUCCCACAAACAACAGUCACAAAAGAUACCGUUAAACUUUUUUUUUUUUUUUUUUUUUUUUUAUCAUUUUACUACAUGGACAUCAUGGAUAACAAGGGAUUCUGAUUCAUUAUUAAUUUUAUUAAUUAUAUUUUCUGAUAUGAGUCUAGAACUUAGUGCAAAAACAAGACAAAACUAAAAAAAUACAACUGAAAAGGGUGAAGAGAAGUAUGUUUGUUAAACAGUAAAAAUGAAUAGUAUACUUCUUAACUAGGUUUACAACUGGUGGACCACACACCAGGCACUAAUCGCCUGGUGAGGAUUUGGCAUAUCCACCAAAAAACACAUCCGAUUUAACCAACAUCUCCACCAGCGCUACAGAUUCCUCCCGACUGUGGCAUCUCAUGCAGACAAUACUAUGCGCUCUACACGCUGUUUAGAAAUGGAAAGGUGAUCUGCACUGUAUCUUGGGUUUGUUGGCUAUGCUUCUUUUGAUGACAUAUAUUAUACAGUAUAUAUAUACAUAUAUUUUUUUUGUUAGAGUUCUAGCCAUUUUAUUUCUCCGCAGGGUCCUUUCUCAGACAUUACUGCAUGCUGUAUAUGGCGUUAGCUGUGUGUUGAUCUUCUAAAAGAUGAUAGAGUUUACUGGUAAUUGUGUAAUCAGCUCCUGCCUUUUUAUUUUCUUGGGUUAUUUACAUGUCAGAGACAUUUAUAAAAAGUGAAAAGAUAAAAAAAAAUCCGACUAAUACCAGGCGCAGCAUCUUUCCAGGUGUGGCUCUGCGCGUCGGCCACCCCAAGUGGCCCCGCUUUCUCCAUCCUGCUCUGUGGCAUUAACAGACAGCAAGCAACUGAACAAGCAGAACCGUCAGUACCCACUUGCUUUAGCCCAUUAUGGGAAUCUCUGAUGCCUUUGUGACCACUGGAGAGUUUAAUCCUCUUGGUUUAUUUUAUUUAAUUUCCCACCUUUGUGUGAGUGUGUAUGAAAGAGAAGAAAAUGCAAUUUUUAGGUAAUCUUUUUUUUUCCCUCCCCUGAAAGUCUGGGAACCAGAGAGUCCUCGGGAGGGGUCCUGGAUGUGAUGAGGGAAAGUGGGAUUGGGGGAUCCGGGAGGGUGGGGUUGUCUCUGACUUGACAUUAAAAAGUGUUCCAUGUCCCUCUUCA